AUAGAUGUAGACGGUUUAAGAAAACGAGGAAUUACCUUAGGUAACACCCCAAACGUUCUCAACGAUGCAGUUGCUGAUGUUGCUGUAUUAUUGGCAUUAGCUGCCGCCAGAAGAGCUCAUGAAGGCCUGAUUUCAAUCCAAAAGUAAAAAUCAUGUUUUGUUUAACCGUUAUUAAUAUUAUUUUUGUAGAGGCACUUGGAAAAAAGAGGUGAACCAAAUGUUAGGACAAGAUAUUGCGGGAUCUACAGUUGGUAUCAUCGGACUGGGAGGAAUUGGACAAACCAUAGUAAAAAGACUCAAGGCUUUUAACGUUGGUCAGUUUUUAUAUACAGGUCACAGGGAAAAGCCUGAAGGCAAAGACUUGGAUGCCAAAUUCGUCGAUCUGGAAACAUUGAAUAGACAGAGCGAUUAUAUAAUAAUAUCUUGUCCGUUAAAUGAUGAAACGAGAGGAUGCAUAAAUAAAGAUUUUUUGAGUAAGACCAAACAAACAGCAGUUUUGGUGAACGUGAGCAGAGGAGAAAUCGUGGAUCAAGAAGCUCUGAUUGAAGCUCUGAAGGAGGGCAAUCUUUUUGCAGCAGGUUUGGAUGUUAUGACACCGGAACCUUUGCCUGCUAAUCACGAACUACUUCGACUCCCGAAUGUUGUUUUGAUGCCGCAUUUGGGAAGUGCCACGAGACAAACUAGAGACGCGAUGGCGUCAUUGACCGCUAAAAAUAUUUUGCGAGGUUUGAAUGGAGAGAAACUAUUAACACCAGUAUGUUGAAAUAUAUGUAAAUAAAAAUAUUAUGAAAUA